UUUCUAAAGAUCGGGGUAAAGCCUUGGGAUUUACGCCAUCACCUGGAGUCUAUCUUGAUCUUUCUACCGUUUCCGUCGUCAUUGGUGAGUUUACUCCAUAUCGUAAGUUGUUUGAUUUGGAAGAGUGGUCGAGCUUCGUCAUGACAUAUUCUUCUUUUUGCGUAUAUGUAUUUGGGGGAGCCUCAAUGUUCAUUUGAGCUGUUGCGACCACGAGAUUCGACAUGUUCUUCACUCGGCAAUUUCUCUUCGCCCUGGUGGCAGGCGUGAGGUCUGGCCUUGCGGAUUCUGCAUCGACUUACUAUGGCACUCCCUUCGAUAUUGGAAAUGGCGAUUCUUUCGGUAUACCUGGAAAUGCAAGUUUCGAUUACGUUGUCGUCGGUGGUGGUGCCGCCGGUCUUGCGGUAGCAAUGCGUCUGGCUGAGGAUAACACACACACAGUGGCUGUAGUGGAAGCUGGAGGAUUCUAUCAGCUCGAAGCCGGCAACAAGAGUGUAACGCCUGCUUACAAUUCUGAGUUUGCAAGCAUUAAUAAUCCGCUAUCGGAUCCUUUGAUAGACUGGGGCUUUGUUACUACACCGCAGCCCGGAGCGAACAACCGGACUUUGCACUAUGCUCGAGGAAAGACUUUGGGUGGAUCUUCUGCACUCAACGCCAAUGUGUAUAACCGUGGCACAGUCGCCUCUUACCAGGAGUGGGCAGAUCUUGUUGGAGACGACUCGUACACCUUUGACCAGUGGUUGCCAUACUUUGCCAAGGGUGUCAACUAUACAGUGCCGAAUGGCAUCAGAGCGGCAAAUGCAACCGUGCCUCAGCCCUCAUCUGAUGCGCUUGAUUUCAGCCCCACUGGAGGACCGCUGCGUGUGUCCCAUUCGAACUUUGCAUUACCGUUCUCAUCGUGGGCCCAAAAAGCAUUCCAGUAUCUCGGAUUUGCCAAUAUCACAACUUUCAGCAAUGGCCAACUUUUGGGAUCUCAAUAUGCUCCUCAAGCCCUGAACCCAAUCUCCAACGAGCGCGAGACAUCCGCGACAUCUUACCUGGAUGCCGCUUUGAACAGUAAUCGCACGAAUUUGAAGGUGUACACGCACUCCCUAGCUCUCCAGGUUCUGUUCUCGGAGAACAAGACUGCAACAGGCGUGCUAGUACGCAGUGGAAGACUUGACUAUGUGUUGACUGCUCGCAAAGAAGUUGUGCUCUCUGCUGGUGCCUUCCAGUCGCCUCAACUGCUAAUGGUUUCUGGUAUCGGACCCGCCGCACAACUUCAACAGCACAAUAUCUCCGUGGUUGCUGAUCGCCCUGGUGUUGGCCAAAACAUGUGGGAUCACGUCGAUAUGGAAGUCACAUACAAAGUCGACGUGGUUGGUUUCAACACUCUCAAAAACGAGACAUACAAUCAAGAGCAGCUCGAUGGCUUCCAUACCGUACCUGCAGUGUCAAUGUACGGUUCCUAUGGCGCUGAUUAUAUUGGCUGGGAAAAGCUUCCUGACAACUACCGCGCCAACAUGACCUCGACCGCACGCGACCAACUUGCCACCUUCCCCUCGGACUGGCCAGAAAUUGAGUACGAAGUCGCUUCCAUCUACGAAUCAGACUUCCACGGCUAUGGAACAUUCGUCGUCAUUCCUGUCAGCCCCCUCUCCCGUGGCUCGGUCUCUCUGCAAUCAAAUUCGAUGCUCGACCCUCCUAUCAUCGACCCACAAUGGUUGACCAAUCCAGCCGACGUCGAACUAGCCAUUCAAGCAUUGAAACGAGCGAGAGAGAUCCUCGCAUCUCCUGCUCUCGCACCCAUCAGACUAGGCAGUGAAGUCGCACCCGGCGAGUCGGUCGUCACGGACGCACAAAUUCUUGAAUACAUCCGAAACACCUUCUUCAUGAAUUGGCACGCAGCGGCAACUUGCAAGAUGGGACGCACCAAUGAUACCAUGGCUGUUGUGGAUAGUAAGGCACGUGUUAUUGGAGUUGAGAAUUUGCGUGUUGUUGAUGCUUCGGCGUUUGCGCUGUUGCCUCCUGGUCAUCCUAUCUCGACUGUGUAUGGAUUGGCUGAGAAGAUCAGUGCGGAUAUUGUUGCCAAUCGUUGAGAGAUUUGCACACCCAACUGUGUAUGUAGAGAGAGCAUUUCACGAAAGAUUGACAGAUAGAACUUACAGC